AUGGGGAUGUUAGAGGAAUCAUUAGCUUGGCUAGAGUAUACUAUGUCAGAGUUUAACAACCAAACCAGCCAGGGAGAAUGGAAUUGCCAACUAAUAAGAUAUCCAUGGACUUUAAUAAUCUCUUUAUUAAUCAUGAUGGUGAUAAUGUCUGCAGGCGUUCUAGGAAACGUUCUUGUUUGCGUCAGUAUGUAUACCUGUCGUUCCUUACGAACUGCCAACAAUGCUCUUUUGUUGAACUUGGCUGCUGCUGAUCUUUUAGCUAGUUUCCUUUUCACACCGCUACUCUUUACGCUCGUCAUUCAAUCGUUGGUGUCGCACGAAGCAGUUAUGCCGCGGUCUUUGUGUGUUUUACAGGGCUGGUUGCGGUUCGUUUGCAGCGCAGUUCAGCAGAUCACGUUAUCGUCGAUAAGCGCUCAGCGGUAUGCGGCUAUUGUUCACCCACUGAAGCGCAAAGGUACCAAAGAGCGUGUCUUAGCUGCAGUAGUAAUAUCGUGGUUAAUAAGUGUGUCCAUUUCCAUAGCGGCAAUCUAUCUGCAUUCUUCGCCAAUUUAUGAAUUAUGUCCUUGUAGUUUACAUCCUGGGACACCAACAAACUUAGUUGACAUGUACCUCCUAGGCCCACUUGGUACGGUAUCCUUCAUUGUAGUCAUAUCCUUUUACGCCAUGAUAUUCCGAACUGUCAGGAAACAUGUUAAAGAAAAAAGAGGUUCAUCACUUGAACCGAGCCGUACUGCCAACAAGAGAACUUUGGCAUUUACCUGCUGUAGUAUUUGCGGAUUCAGAGCAGGCAUGAAAUCGAAUGUUGUUGCACCAAUUGAUGGAAAUAGCUCUAUAGGAUUGCCUAGACACGAUCUUCUGCAGGGUAGUAGCUCCGUUGAAUCAACUGAAAGACAACACACAAGAAACAUGUCUGUGCCUGAAAUAGCAGACAAUACAUCUAUAAAGCAUGGUGUGACUGAUACAGAAAACAAUUUAAUGCCUCACGAGUCUAUAGACCAUGAUCAUGAACCUUCCAUACUGCUGGAUGAUCAAGAGUUAGACAGAGCUGUUCACUUCUCAAGUGAAGCAGCAGAUAAUAGAGAAACUCGGAAGUAUUCUUUAUCAUCAUUAGAAACCAACAAUGAUAUGAAUACAGAAAGAAAUGAUUCUGAACAGGACACAAUUGUCAGCAAAUGUCGGGCAAAUACAGAGUGUGGGACUGAUAAAUCUGAUGAUAGUCAAUAUCUUAAGCGCGAAAAGCUUGAGGAUACGCCAGUGUUGGACAUUAAAAAGAGUGAACCGCGAGUUGGUGAGCAUGCGGCGAAAAUAGGAGACAACUUCAUUUCAGAGAAAAGCUUAAAUUCCCCGGUCCAAGUUGAAGAUGUCCAAGACAACAGAGGAUCUCCUAAUGUUCUCCGAGAUAUUAACCCAGAAACUGCCUCAUCGGUUGAGGGAAAGGGCGUUUUGACCAAUAAGAACAGAGUAUGGCUAGCCAGUGAAAUCUUAGUGGGUGCUUCCAGUUCCAUCCAAGAUUCUACAGUGGUGACACAAGAACUAUCAACAAAGAUUUGUGGUGACGUCUGUAUGAUGAACCCGAGAUCAAAAGAAAGAGGAAGACGAAAAAUCGAAGCAAAGACCGCCAAAAGGGCAUUGUUCAUUAUCGCUGCUUUUAUUAUCUGUUGGUUUCCUAUGAAUAUCGUAACUUACGUUGAAAUCAUGAAGGAUCUUCCGGUAGAAGUCAAGAUUUUGUUUCUGUCCGUUUCGUUUCUGAGCGCUGUUAUUAAUCCUAUCAUCUAUACAUUCAUUAACACGGCAUAUAGGAACGAGUUUAAACGACUCCUAAGGAAGAUAUGCCACAGAUGA